UAUACGUAGUUCAUCAAAGAUAAAUUUUCUUUACUCUAAGAAAAAUCAACCGAGCCCUAAAAUAAAGUGCUGAGAAAAAAAAUUCCCUUUUCGGCUUUGGCGGGCAAUUGGUAAAGCCCUUUGAACUCUGCGACACUCUCAUCCCCACUUCAGGAGAAUUGACAUUGGUCGGCUUUCUGAUCAAUUCGUUUUUGAAGUAUCUCUUUUCAUUUCAUAAUCAGAAAAAAAGAAUGCUGCUAUGAAUUCAUGGCCUGUUAUCAGUCUUUGAAUCUUCAAGCUCAUUCCUUAUGGAGGAAUCUUCAUUGCUUUCGAAGAAACUUCUCAAGGACCCUGAGGGUUCGAAAUAACUUAUCAAGUUUUAAGAAAUUCUAUGUGGUUCGCCCUUCGCCCUUUCAAACCAUCAAGGGGUACUGUAGUUUAUCUACUUUACCUGUUGCUAUUCAUGCAGCUCCCCAUGCCAAUGCUGUGAUUCCUACAAAAAGGGAACAAAUAUUGGACCAAGAGGCAGCUCUUGGUAGAGCAAACCUUCAAGAAACAGCAGCGAAUGCUAAUUUCUCUAAUGGUAGAGUAAUGCUUAUUGAUGGCACAUCAGUCAUUUACAGGGCUUACUACAAACUUCUAGCAAAACUGCACCAUGGGUAUCUAUCACAUGCUGAUGGCAAUGGAGAUUGGGUUUUAACUAUAUUUACUGCUUUAUCACUUAUAAUUGAUGUUCUGGAAUUUGUUCCUUCACAUGUAGCGGUGGUGUUUGACCAUGAUGGAAUUCCAUUUGGUCAUACUUCUAUUUCUUCAAAAGAUAAUGUCAUGGCAAAAGGUUUAAACUUUCGUCAUACUCUGUACCCUUCAUACAAGAGCAACCGCCCUCCUACACCUGAUACCAUAGUGCAGGGACUUCAAUAUUUGAAGGCAUCCGUCAAAGCUAUGUCCAUUAAAGUGAUCGAGGUACCUGGGGUAGAAGCUGAUGAUGUGAUUGGAACACUGGCUGCAAGGAGUGUUGAUGCUGGGUUUAAGGUAAUUAUCUUAAGUUUCUUUGGGAAAACAGCAAUGCUGCGAUGUGAUCUUCCAUUCUACAUGGUACCAUUUGCCACCGGAGAUCUCACAUUUAAGAAACCAGAGGACAAUGGUGAGAAAUUCACAAGCCUUUUGAAUGCCAUCAGUGCAUAUGCAGAAGGCUUCUCAGCUGAUCCAAUAAUUAGAAGAGCAUUCUAUUUGUGGAAGAAGCUUGAAGCACAUUGAUUUGCAUUUGAGAUUCAAGCACUGUAGGCUAUUCAGUUCCUCUGAUUUCCAGACUAGAGAUUGUCAACAAAUAUGGGAUUGAGUAAAAGUGUGAAAAGGUGAAUUUAGGUGGAGAGGGAUGAAGAUAUGAAUGAUGACAUUUUGCUACCACUGUUUAGAUGGCUGUGAAAUAUAUAUAGAAUCUAAAUUUUGUGAUCGAAGCCUCUUAGUAAUUUGACAGGUUAGUACAAAUGAAGAUGUAGUCCACUUGGGUUCCUUCUCGUCAGAUAGCGGUUAAAAAAAAGGCUGUAUGACGUGACCAAUUCUUGUGAGGAAACAGUAGUUGUGAUUCGAGAUUGAUAUUUUUGAUAGGAAGCUGCCAUUACUUUGUACCAAGCGAAUAUUGCAACUCUAUUUUCACUCUUUCUAACGGUCACAUUGGGUGCCUUUUACUUGCACAAUGGUGACCAAGCAAUGCACGACUCUCCCUGUGCGCCAAAUAGAUUUUAAGGCAUUGCUCCUUUGCAAAUUUAGACGAGUAAAUUAUCACAUGCUUGACUUUUGUUAUAAUAAUAAUAUGAACUCAUUUCACAUUGGGGCCGCAAAAUACGAGUGAGGUGACAAAAUGCCGUUGGACUAUAGUGUGAUUAUAAUAUAUCUUUAAAGUUAAAGGUAAAAUUAUAUAAAACAUUGUAAGGCUUAUG